AAAGCACAAUUAAAACAUAAACCAAAAAUGGCAAGCCUAAAAUUGAAUGUAACACCUGCUGAAAUUGCAGUUUUGGAAAGAAUUGGGGAGUCCAAAAUUCAGGAGGGAAUUUUGGAAUUCGAAGACUACCAAAAUAAAUUUAAGGACAAUGUGAAGGAGAGAAUAUUGGAAAAUUUCAAUUCGCUUGGGGAGUUUUUAAACCAGGCUUUUUUUAUAAGCAUUGGUGAGCUGUUUUUGCCCCCAUUGAUUCAAAUCAAUCCUGGAAAUGGUACUGCGAAAGCAUCUAAAAAAGCAAGGACCAGGGAUACACUGCUCACUAUGAUGGCCGUGGCGCUCGAUGGCUCCAAGAGGAGCAUUAUAUACUGCAACCUCGUAUCUACGAAGGUCGAGUUUGUGGGCGCGGAAACUAUCAUAGGACUAAUAAAUAAAUUACUCAAGUUUAUUAAGGAAGCACACAUAUCCACUAAUUUGGUUUGCUUUGUUAUUGAUGGCAAUCCAAUUAAUGUAAAAGUGCGAAAACAUUUCCUAGAUAGUAAGGGAAAAGUCCCAUUUGUUUGGGAUUACAAUCAUUUCCAAGAUGUAAUGCUCAAGCAUGACGGGCACAUGGAUGACACAUUGUGUCACAUAUACUCCAGGCCGCUGGACAUCGAAAACCUCGCACUAAUAGAAGCUUGCGAUUUCGGUGUUCCAGCGGACCUAAAAGAGUUUUAUACAAAGGAGAAGGAGUCCUUAACAACUGUUGCCCAAAGGAUCCAUACUUCGAAUAAGAAGUUUGGAUCCUUGGGCAACAGUAGGAGCAUGUUGCUAUGUAAUAUUUCUAAUUAUAAGUUAAAAGUGUUUGGGAAAUUAGUUUUAAUUGCUGUUAGGGAAUACUUUACUUUAGAAAAAAUUAGAAAUGUAAGCGAUUUUAAUUUAAUAUUAGAUGGGGUGUUAGAAUUAGUAUUUCUGUUAGCAUUUAAGAGUAAUUGUUUUUGUGCAAAAAAAUAAA